CCCCCCACCCCGGCCGCUCUGCUCCCUGGCGUGACUCGGCACUGAGAGUCCCGGGGAAGACGCCGCGGUCGCCACCUCCUGUGAUCAGGCCUCGGCCUUCCUGAGCCUCCCGCUCUUCCUCUCCCGGGUCGCCUUCUUCAGUUUUGAAGCCGGUGGCGUCGCGGCCGCCCUGCCGGGCUGAGAAUGGUGGGAGUGAAGCCGGUCGGGAGCGACCCGGAUUUCCAGCCGGAGCUGAGCGGCGCGGGCUCCAGACUCGCCGUGGUCAAGUUCACCAUGCGAGGGUGUGGACCAUGUUUAAGGAUUGCCCCAGCAUUCAGUUCUAUGAGUAAUAAGUAUCCACAGGCAGUUUUCUUGGAAGUAGAUGUACAUCAGUGUCAGGGAACAGCUGCCACCAACAAUAUAUCAGCAACACCUACAUUUCUGUUUUUUCGAAACAAAGUGAGAAUUGAUCAAUAUCAAGGAGCAGAUGCUGUUGGAUUAGAAGAAAAAAUCAAGCAGCACUUAGAAAAUGACCCUGGAAGCAAUGAGGACACAGAUAUUCCAAAAGGCUAUAUGGAUUUAAUGCCUUUUAUUAACAAAGCUGGCUGUGAAUGUCUUAACGAAAGUGAUGAGCAUGGAUUUGACAACUGUUUACGAAAAGAUAUGACCUUCUUGGAAUCUGAUUGUGAUGAACAGCUUCUCAUUACUGUGGCAUUUAAUCAACCUGUUAAGCUUUAUUCAAUGAAAUUUCAAGGGCCAGAUAAUGGUCAGGGUCCUAAAUAUGUAAAAAUUUUUAUCAAUCUACCCCGAUCUAUGGAUUUUGAAGAAGCAGAAAGAAGUGAACCAACUCAAGCUCUGGAACUAACAGAGGAUGAUAUUAAAGAAGAUGGUAUUGUCCCACUUCGUUACGUUAAAUUUCAGAAUGUUAACAGUGUAACUAUAUUUGUUCAGUCCAAUCAAGGUGAAGAGGAAACAACAAGAAUUUCAUAUUUUACUUUUAUUGGUACACCAGUCCAGGCAACAAAUAUGAAUGACUUCAAACGACUUUUUUAAUGCAACUCAAAUGAACUAAAAACAGAAGAUUUUUAAAAAUGAAGUAAUAUAAAGAUUGACCUUAUCUCACCCUACUCCCCUCCUUGCUUCUCUGCUCAUCCAUAUAGCACCUGUCUGCUCUCACCCUUCCCAUGUUCUCGCCAUUGUUGGUGCAAGAUUUCUACAGCUUCCAUCAUCUGGAUCAGCCUUCUUGUUACCUAGAUUUCCUCAACCAUCUCUUUCUUCAAGUCUUAUUCUAGGCAUGCUCUGUUGGCCUUCUGUUUUGGUUUUUAUUUUGGGCUUGCAACUAGGUGCUUUAAUUUCGUUAUUAUACCAUGUUGCUCCCCUGACUUUUACUUUUUUUACUUUCUCCUGUCUCAUAUUUCAUUUUUGUACUACAUUUUGAGAAAUAAUAUUGCAAUAAAAUGUUGUUAGUAAUGCUUUCAGACUUAACUAGUAGUUGGUUUUUUUAAUCCAAUCUAAGGUUUAAAUUUUAUUUUUUGGGAACUGUAGAAUCAUUUUGAAAAUCAAAUAAGAAUAGUUUCAUAUGUUUCUUUUAUACUAGUACUAGCGUAAUAUAUUGAUUAGUAUAAUAGGUUGCUUGUCUUUACCCAAUGGAACUGUAGCCCCAAAGGCUUUUUGCUGGGUAAUUAUGGGCACGUUCUCUGCUUUGCCAACCCAAGUAAGCUCAAGGCGUUGAAAGACGGACUGAAUGUUAGGCUGGGUUAAACUAUUCACGUAGAAGAUCAAUGGACUCUUUACUGAAUAAAUAUUUUCGACACCUAAUUUUGAUGUACCUAGACUAUUGUUUGAGGUGUAAUAUAAACACUUAAAAAUGAAUAAAAGAGCUUCUUUAUGUUUUGGGGUGAGAAAAUCCAUAUUGGAAUGCUGAAUUUCUUCUU